AUGGGAGGCUCCCACGAGCUGCCACCGGAGAUUGCGCAUCUGCAAGGGCCCGACCAUCCAGUGGGAGGAGGAGGAGGAGGAGGAGGAGGAGGAGGAGGAGGAGGAGGAGGAGGAGGAGGAGGAGGAGGGGGAGGAAGGGGAGCCGGGGAGCCCCUCCUGGGGUCCAGGGCCCCGGCGUCCCCGGGACGCGGCCCCCCUCGGCGCCGAAGGAUACGCAUCUACAAGGGCACGACCAUCCAGUGGGAGCAGAAGCUGCUGGACGCGCCGUGCGCUGUGCAGUGCUUCUACCACGAGGUGGCGUCGCCGCCCAUCCCCACGCUGGCGGUCGCCAGCGGGCACCAGGUGUUCAUCUACAGAUACAUGCGGCCUUAUCUCAAGUUCACCCUGCCGCCGGUGGAGGUCAGCGCGGCCGAGGCCGAGGUGUGGGAGGAGCUCCGGGUGGACGGCAGCGACGUGCGGACGGCCUACGACAGGCUGAACGCGCUCCGCGAGAACGGCACCAGCCUCACCAAUCACUCCAUCGACUUCCUGGCGGUCGAGGAGCCAGAGCAGCAGGUCGAGUUCGUUAGAAAACUCAAGGAGUCCAAGCAGUCCGUGGGCAGCCACGGCAAGGACAGCGGCCUCCUGGAGCAGCACACCUCCAUCACCUGCAUGGAGGUGCUCAAAUUCAACAUGGAGGAUGCAACUGCUGUGAGCAUGCUCGUGCUAGGCACGGAGAACAGGAUGGUCCACAUCCUGGACAGCAGCGCUCUGAACGUACUGACGAAGGUGGAGCUCGACUCGGUCCCCACCUUCAUGUCCGUGCUCGGGCUGUACGACGUGGAGUACAGGAUCACGGUCGCUUGCCGCAAUGGCAACGUUUACACCAUCAAGAAUGGCACGGUGUUGAGCAACGUGAUCGAGCUCGAGUCGCAGCCGGUGGGUCUUGUCCGUCACGACAAGAGCGUCUACAUCGGUUGCAUGGACAACGUGAUCCACUGCUUCCACUUCAAGGGCAAGAAGAGCCACAGCAUCUACCUCCCCGCUCCCAUCUCGUGCAUGAGCCUCCUCUCCAUCACGAAGAUGCGGACCGCCAAGGUGGUGGCCGUGGCACUGAACAACGGCGAGGUCCGGCUGUACAACGGCAAGCAGCUCGUCUCCACCACGCAGACGAACGACGUGGUGACGGGGAUGAGGCUGGGCACCUUUGGGCGCGAGGAGGGCUCCAUGGUCCUCAGCUUCAAGAGCGGGGCGCUCAUGGUCAAGAUCCUGACGCGCAGCGCCAACCUCGAGGCGAGCGGGGCCCCCCCCGGGCCGCCGCCCGAGCAGGACAUCCCGCUGGACGUGCCCAAGAAGACCAGGCUGUACGUGGAGCAGACCACCCGGGAGCGCGAGCAGGCCGUGGACAUGCACCGCACCUUCCAGCGCGACCUGUGCAAGCUGCGGCUCUCCACCGCGCGCGCGUACGUCAACCUGCUGGGCGCGGGCCACGGGCCGAUGGCCUCCGGCGGCGGGUACCAGGUGAGGCUCAACGCGCAGGUCGCGGGCAUGGGCCCGGAGUUCAAGGUCGUGGUGCGGGCGCAGAACGCGGGCGUCCACGCCGUCCUCGACGUGGCGCUGAUGUGCACCACCAACCAGAACCUGUACCGGGUGCCCAGACCCUGCUUCCACCUGCCGAUCCUCGUCCCCCAGCAGGUGUACCUGGUCGAGGUCCCGGUGACCUGCGUCAACGAGAACGGGGGCACGGACUGCGUGCGGCUGUUCCUCUGCAGCCGGACCUCCAACGUGCCGGUGAUAUCGGCCAUCGUGAACAUGCCCAUGUCG